AUGGCAUGGGAGAUCAUUUUCUGGUGUGAUUUGGGCGGAAAAAGAUGGGGAAAAAAAGUUGGUGGUGAUUUAGAUUUGGUGCUACUGUGUUGUUGGUUAGCUGCAGUGGGAGCUGGUUUACUCAAGUCUGAGGAAAUUUUAGAGGGUGUAGCAAGGUUUAGUUUAGCAAAUGAUAUUGAAUUUGAAGAGCAAAACUUCAUUGCAUUGAUGAAUGAAGCAAGAGAGAAACAAGCAAAAUUGGGACCUCCUACACCUAAAAUCCCCAUGGACGUUAUACAUGUGUGGUACUUUGGAAGGGAUCUGAUGGAAGAAGAAGAUGAAAAACUGCUAAGUACCAUGCUUAAUGCCGUCUUUCCUACAAACGGGCAGCAAAAGGUAGAAAGUAUUGUCAAAGAGAAAGCAAAGAGAGUGGGAGAUGGAACUGAAGAAAUCAAAUAUAUAGAUGCAAAUAAAAGACCUUGA